UUCUUCCUCAUCUUCUUCAAUAAUUCAAACCAUAAAUCAUUCUCUGGUUUUGUCUUCCUCACCAACCUUCCACGUAUAGACUUUGGUUUCUUGUUUCUUAUUAAGAAUACAACAAUAAACCCUAAUUAAAAGGUAUGUCUAAUAUAACAGCAGAUGAAGGCAGUUUUUCUUCUGGAGAAGAUGGUCAAGAAAAGCAAGUCCAAGGAGGAACUACACGCCCACCACCACCACCUCCUAAAAGGAAAAGAAACCUACCAGGAACUCCAGAUCCUACCGCAGAAGUGAUUGCAUUAUCACCAACAACACUGAUGGCCACAAACAGAUUUGUUUGUGAAAUUUGCAACAAAGGGUUUCAAAGAGACCAAAACCUACAAUUGCACCGAAGAGGUCAUAAUCUUCCAUGGAAACUGAGGCAACGAACUAGCACCGAUGCCCGGAAACGGGUCUAUGUGUGUCCCGAGCCAUCUUGUGUUCAUCACAAUCCGGCUCGAGCACUAGGUGAUCUCACAGGGAUCAAGAAACAUUAUAGCAGGAAACAUGGAGAAAAGAAAUGGAAAUGUGACAAGUGUUCAAAGAAAUAUGCGGUUCAAUCCGACUGGAAGGCUCAUCAAAAAACUUGUGGCACUCGUGAAUAUAAGUGCGAUUGUGGGACUAUCUUCUCUAGGAGGGAUAGUUUUAUAACUCACAGAGCGUUUUGUGAUGCAUUAGCCGAAGAAAACAACAAGGUGAACCAAGAAAUGUUACAACCUCAACAUCUUAACGAUCAUCUAAUGACAUCUAAGUUAAACGAAUCUCGAAACAAAGGGUUAACUGGGUUACCGGAUUUCAACAAUUAUGACCCUAAAAACCAAACCAAGUCACUUCCUCAAGAGCUAGUUCCAAUGCCAUUCAAGCCAUUGAACAUGUCUGGUGGCAUGUUCUCUAGUAGCUCAGGCACCCUUCUUGGAAACCCAAGAGGGGGAUCAUCAUCAUCUUCUGGGCUACAACUUAGCUCCCCAAAUGGUCCGUCGGGCUAUGGGUACUUUCAAAACGAAAAUAAGGAUGGAGGGCUGCUUUCUGGGCCCGCAGGCCAUAUGUCCGCGACGGCCUUGCUUCAGAAAGCAGCUCAAAUGGGCGCUACAGCAAGCAAUGGGAUUAAUUCCCCAAUGAUGCAAAAGAGUUUUGUUACAAGCAUGACUGGCCCAGAUCAACUCAGUUCACCCGGGCCAAGAUCUACAUCGCCUUAUGGUAUGCAACGGGCUAAUACCUAUGAUAACUUCCAUGUCCAACCUAAUCAAACAUCCAUGGUGGGAUUAAAUGAGAGUAGUGAAGGAUACAAUCUUUUCCAAAAUCCCAACCAACAAGAUAUGUUUGGGCCGGGCCAUAAUCCUGUUAUGAAUGAUAUAGGAAUUUAUAGCGAAAUGUUAAUGGGAGGAGAUCAAAGUAAUGGAUUUGUUAAGAAUGUUGAAAAUCGCGAAGAUAGAAAUGAUGACAACUCCAUCUUCCUUCAGGGUAGAGGCAAUGCGGGUAUCGUUAAAAGCAUGCCAAUGUUAGGUGGUGGUGGUGGCAGCCAUGGCGGUAGCGACACAUUAACGGUUGACUUCUUAGGCAUUGGAGGAUCAAGACCACUAAAUAUCCAAGAACAACAGCAACAAUUGAAUGGGUUUGAUGUAGCAAGUCAAGUAAUGAAUCCUUUUCAACAACUUAUCCAUGGGGAGUCUUCAGCCCACGAAAAGCCCAUUUGGGACCAUUGACCAAGAGGCAAAAGCCCAUUUGUAAGAAAUCUUUCUGUCAAGAUGAAGUAAUAUUGUGAAGAGCGGCCAAAUGAGCUUUGUGCUUUGUUAAUUUGAUCAAGAAACUAACCUUGUAAUAGUUUUAAGGAUUUACAGGCGCUUUCCAUCUUGGCUUAAAAAAUGAUGAAUAAUUUGUUAACUUCAUCUUUUUAAUACAUACAUAUCAAUAGUUAUAUA